GAGCACUCGGACUUUAAGGAUUCAGGCUGCAAAACUCCACUUCCUCAAACUGCAGAGUUUGUUUUGGUUCGUUGUAUCUAGGAGCAGCACCUAGGUUCCGGUUCGGCCGAAGGGGGGACCAUGGUGUUUGAGGACAUCCAGUACGAUGAUAUCCUAUUUGAGGCGGCGGUCGGGAGAGGAACCUUUGGAGUGGUCUUCAAAGCUGUGUGGAGAGGAAAAGAUGUGGCCAUCAAGACCAUCGAGAGCGACGCACAGAGGAACGCCUUUUUGGUGGAGCUCCGGCAGCUGUCCCGGGUCAGUCAUCCCAACAUUGUGAAACUGUAUGGUUCCUGUGAAGAUCCGGUGUGCCUGGUGAUGGAGUACGCAGAAUGUGGCUCUUUAUACAACCUCCUGCACAGCGUCGACCCGCUGCCUCACUACACGACCGCUCAUGCCAUGAGCUGGUGCCUGCAGUGCGCGCACGGCGUUGCCUACCUGCACGCCAUGAAGCCCAAAGCUCUGAUCCACAGAGACCUCAAGCCACCAAAUCUGUUGCUUGUGGCCAGAGGAACUGUGCUGAAGAUCUGUGACUUUGGAACAGCUUGUAACAUUCACACCUGCAUGACCAACAACAAAGGCAGUGCAGCCUGGAUGGCUCCUGAGGUGUUUGAAGGGAAUAACUACAGCGAGAAGUGUGACGUGUUCAGCUGGAGCAUCAUCCUGUGGGAGGUCCUCACUCGCAAGAAGCCCUUUGAAGAGAUUGGCGGGUCGGCAUUCUGCAUCAUGUGGGCUGUGCAUAGAGGUACUCGUCCUCCUCUGAUCAAAGACCUCCCUGAACCCAUCGAGAUUCUAAUGACCCGCUGCUGGGACAAAGAGCCCAGCCAGAGACCGUCUAUGAGUGAGGUCCGGGACACCAUGAGCAGCUUGAUGAAGUAUUUCCCAGGCUCUGAUGAACCCCUCAAUCUUCCUCACCAGUCUUCAUCCAACAAAAGUGGCUCCUCAUCAGCAGCAAGCACAGGCUCAUUUGGCGAUGGAACCAUUAACAGUAAUCGCAGUGACGACACCAAACACAGAUCUGUAGCUGGUAGUGAGGAGACUCUGCAGAACUCUGACAACAGAAUCCCGCUGCAGGUCAGAACCACCAAGACUUCUUCACAGUGGUCCACUGUGUCCAGGACCUCCAGCCUGGAAAGUCAAAGCCCCGCCCACUUCAUCAGCUCUGUCAGUGCUUGCAGCCAAUCAGAGCUGAGAACGACCUUGGGUCCUACAGGUACUGACGGAUCAGAGAGUCCGGUACCCUCUAUGUACCUGAAACUGGAUUACCAACUACAGCCUCUGGCUCCUUGUCCAAACUCCUGGGAGUCCAUGGCCGUGUUUGAGCAGCACAUUCAAAUGGCUGAGGAGUACCUGAAAGUCCAGUCAGAGAUCGCUUACCUGCUGAACAGAAAAGAGGAGCUCACGGUGGAGCUGGAGCUGGAGCAGAAGGAGCAGCAGACCUCUUUACGCCUCAUGCAGGAACACAGCAAGCUGCUGGAGGACCACAGCAGCCUGUUGACUGUCUGCCAGGGCCUGAGGAGCAAGCUGAGCCUGACCCAGAGUCAGAACCAGCCCUACAGCUGAAAACUGAGCACUGCGACAUGUUCCUGAUUCUGGUCCAUGAACCUCUUUCAGAUGUAACAUAUUAGGUCCACAUCUGCAUCAUCAAGGACGUGUUAUUUCAGCUCACUGCUUUAUGUACCUAACCAGCAGUCUGUAACGGAGCCGUUCCAGAGUGAAACUGAUCCUGACGUGAAGUUCACAAUGAGGUCUGAGGGACUCGCCCGCCAGCCUGAUAUCAUUGUUUGUCCUCCUCACUGACGAAAGUUAAACCAGUAGAUCAGCUAAACAACUGCAGAGUCAAAACUGAAGAAAUGCGAGCACUGAUUUUAAUAGAUGCCUCAUACUGAACUUCUUAAAUUAUCUACUUUUACUUUUAUAUUUUUAUACUUAGAAAUUUUUACUCCACUAAGACUGACUGCUUUGAGUAAGCCGAUAAAACAAAGAAGAAACAUUUUCUUUUACAGAAUGUUUACCCAAUUGCUGUUACAAAAUAAAUUUACUCACCAAGCUUA